ACAGAGAAAAUCUCGCCAAGAGACAGCUGCGUUAUCAUAUUGCUGCACCAUUUUUUAUUAACCGGUGGCUGUUUGCGGAGUUCUAUCCCCUGCGGCUCUCUGCAGUCUCUGGCCCGGUACUGCAGGACGGGUCACAUCGCCCAUCGCCAUCGUCUGCACUCAAGCCCAGGCCACCGCUGCCUCCGUUCAGUUCUCACACCCUCAGCACCGCCUUCAUUCCGGCAGCAGCCACGACCUUCGCUUUCGCAGUCCGGCCUCUACUGGUAGUUCCACCUCUGCCACAGGCACUGCCGCUUCUGAUAUUCUGGUGAGUCUUUCCUUGCGGAGGUCAGAUCUCCUGAUCUUGGAGGUAGCUACAUUAGGAGUGUACUGUCCUUUGAAAAAUGGCCGAGUCAGCUGACGGCAAGGAAUUGUUAGUAUCCACUCAAGAAGAGGCUGGUAAUAAGGUGGUGGUGGAGGGGCCGGGGAAACCGCCGGAACGCGGUGAAAAUGCCGCUGCUGGGCCUGGAGAUGAUGGCGAGCGCAGUGAAGAAGCCGCCUCUUGGCCUGGGGAGGAAGGGGAAAAAUGUGAAGAUGCUGCUGGGUCUGGGGAAGGAGGGGAAAAAGGUGAAGAUACUGAUGAGCUCUCUGACCCAGACCGUCCAAAAGGACUGAUCGGUUAUCUUUUAGAUACAGACUUUGUUGAAAGUCUACCUGUGAAAGUUAAGUACCGUGUGUUAGCCCUCAAAAAGCUUCAAACUAGAGCCGCGAAUCUAGAAUCUAAAUUCCUGAGGGAAUUUCAUGAAAUUGAGAGAAAGUUUGCUGAAAUAUAUCAGCCCUUGUUGGAAAAAAGACGUCAGAUCAUCAACGCAAUCUAUGAACCUACAAAAGAGGAAUGUGAAUAUAAAUCAGACUAUGAGGACUAUGAUGACCAGGAGAUGUAUGAUGAGGAAGAGAUGUAUGAUAAUGAAGAGUAUCUGGUGCAUGAGUAUAUGGAUGAGGAUGAUGGUUAUGAGGAAGGUUAUUAUGAUUAUGCUAUUGAGGAGGAAGAGGAGGAGGAGGAGGAGGAGGAGGAUGACAUUGAGGCUACUGGGGAAAAUAAUGAAGACGAUCCUAAAGGAAUUCCUGAUUUUUGGCUGACUGUCUUAAAAAAUGUUGACACACUCACUCCUUUGAUUAAGAAAUAUGAUGAGCCUAUUCUGAAGCUCCUGACAGAUAUUAAAGUGAAGCUUUCAGAUCCUGGUGAGCCUCUCAGUUUCACACUAGAAUUUCACUUCAAACCCAAUGAAUAUUUCAAAAAUGAGCUCUUGACAAAGACCUACGUUCUGAAGUCAAGGCUAGCAUAUUAUGAUCCCCAUCCUUAUAGGGGAACUGCGAUUGAGUAUUGCACAGGCUGUGAAAUUGAUUGGAAUGAAGGAAAGAACGUCACUUUGAAAACCAUCAAGAAGAAGCAGAAACAUCGGAUCUGGGGAACAAUCCGAACUGUGACUGAAGAUUUUCCCAAAGAUUCAUUCUUCAAUUUCUUUACUCCUUAUGGAAUCAGCUCAAAUGGAAAGGAUGGAAAUGAUGAUUUUUUACUUGGUCACAAUUUACGUACUUACAUAAUCCCAAGAUCGGUAUUAUUUUUCUCAGGUGAUGCACUUGAAUCCCAACAGGAAGGGGUAGUUAGGGAAGUUAAUGAUGCAAUUUAUGACAAAAUUAUUUAUGAUAAUUGGAUGGCUGCAAUUGAGGAGGUUAAAGCCUGUUGCAAAAAUCUUGAGGCAAUGGUAGAAGACAUUGACCGCUAAGGCAGAGUCUACAUGGCCCUGAAAUUAACAGCCUUAGAUCUAGUUACUCAAAAUAAAAGAAGUUAAUUAGUCUUGUUCUGAAUUUUUCUUGUAGUGUCAGUUAAAGCACAUGUCUCAGAAAUAUAAAAGAAGUUCAAAUACUAAUUCAUUUGACCUUACAUUUUAGUAAUAGAAUGCUUUCAAGAAAUGUAGACUGUGAUAAAUAAUUUAAAACAUUAAAAUAGUGUGAUGUAUUUUAAUCCUUCUGAAGUCCUUUUGUCACUCUUAAUGUAGCUAUUAAUCUGUGGCUGUGAAUAUUAUCCAGACUGCUAAAUGAGAUCAAAAUUUAUUUGGAAAGAAAAUCUAGGAGAACCCACCCAACGUUUUUUUGCUGUUGUUGUUUAUGUAUUUUUGUUUUUUAGUGAGUGGGUUUAAUUUUGUCAUGAAUUUAAAACUUGAAUGCUUAAGAAGAGGCCUGUAUAUGGUUAAGAAUUUCAGGCAAAACCAAAUUUAUUAAUAACAGCUUCUUCAUAGCCUCUUGUAUUAUGUAAUCAUAAUAAAUAAUGAAACUUAGUCAUACUGAGGUUAUUUAUUGUGUAUCAGUGAAGUGUUAAUCACGGUAUUUUUAAAAGAUUGCCACAUUGUUCUGUGUAAUUGUGUAAGCUAUAAUUGCAGUGUAUAUAUUUUUUCUUAUAUGCAUUUAAUCAUUCAUUGAAAGUGAUCACGUUACCAUUUUGAAAGACUUUUCAUGUUCUUUCACUGAAAAAUAAAAUGAAUAAAAAUUU